CCGCCCCCCCUUGCGGUGAGUCCGUCAGCGCGCACUCCCCCCCUGUAUGUGCGCGCCCGUCUUAUAAUGGGAAUUAAACCCGUCCUGGCUGAAGUUCUCGCUUCUUUUAUUUUGACAAUCAUCUGAUCCUUUUACCGUACGACCAUUUCAAGGCACCAUGGAUCUCUCAGUGCCCGCUCCGCUGGUAGCCCCCCUCCACUGACCUCACCUCCUCCCCAUCUCUUCCUCCACCUUUCCUUCUCUCAUCUGCCCUUCUUCCUCCACACCCCAUCCCUUUCUUCUUGGCGCCUGUGACGCAAGGUGACCACUCCACUCCUACAUCAUGGCAGGGGAGAAAGGGCCGACUAAGCGAAGCGCCAUGGACAUCAAGCGCCUGGCGAGCCUCAUCCAGAGAGGAACGGGCCGUUUGCUGGUGAUUGACAGCAGGACGUUUUCGGAGUACAAUGCGUCGCACGUGCAAGGUGCGGUCAACGUCUGCUGCUCCAAGCUGGUGAAGAGGCGGCUGCAGCAGGACAAGGUGUCCGUCACUGAGCUGCUGCAACCCAACGGCAAGGUCAAGGUGGAGCUGGGCAGGAAGCAGGAAGUGGUGGUGUAUGACCAGAGUUCCAAAGAGACGGGGCAUCUGUCCAAAGAUGGCUUCGUGCACAUUCUCAUGGGAAAGUUGGAGGGCACCUUCCACAAAGUCUCCCUGCUCACUGGAGGUUUUGCUGCUUUCUCCUCCUGUUUCCCCGGCCUGUGUGAAGGGAAACCUGCCACUGCUCUGCCUAUGAGCUUGUCCCAGCCCUGCUUGCCUGUGGCUAAUGUAGGGCCCACUCGCAUCCUGCCACACCUCUACCUGGGCUCACAGAAGGACGUCCUUAACAAGGAUCUGAUGGCUCAGAAUGGUAUCACCUAUGUGCUGAAUGCCAGCAACACCUGCCCCAAGCCAGACUUCAUCAGUGAGAGCCACUUUAUGCGCAUCCCAGUUAAUGACAACUACUGUGAGAAAUUGCUACCCUGGUUGGACAAAACUAAUGAAUUCAUAGACAAAGCUAAGGUGUCAAACUGCAGAGUCAUUGUGCACUGCCUGGCUGGAAUCUCGCGUUCAGCAACCAUCGCCAUUGCAUACAUCAUGAAGACAAUGGGCUUGUCAUCAGAUGAUGCCUACAGGUUUGUAAAGGACCGAAGACCGUCCAUAUCCCCCAACUUCAACUUCCUGGGUCAGCUUCUGGAGUUUGAGAAGGGCCUGCGAUUACUGCAAGCUCUAACUUCAACCUCUGAUGACAAGAUCUCUGAAAACAGCACUAAGCAAAAUUCAGAGGUUAAUGGAGUCAGCACAGGUUUCGAGAUGAACGGUCACCGUAGCAACUAUGACUCAUCUGUGGGAGAGCCACACAUCACGGCAGAACCAAAGCUGCCGUCACCCACCUCCCUCCAGCAAGGCUUCAAUGGCCUCCACCUCUCUGCAGAGAGGAUCAUGGACACAAACCGGCUCAAACGCUCCUUCUCCCUGGACAUUAAGUCUGUCUACUCCCCUAACAGUCCCCACUGCCCUAGUCUGGCACCCACACACUCUGAAGACGUCCCCAAGCUGUGCAAGCUUGACAGCCCAGGAACAGGAACCUCCAAUGGUGUCUGCUCCCAAUCUCCCGUCCUAGACAGCCCCAGCUCCUCUGAUUCACCGUUCCCCUCACCAGGCAGCGGGGGCAGCAUUGGAGGUUUGGGGCUCGGAGGAAGUGAAGGAGUCCAUCGGUCUGGUUCUUCCUCAUCCAGACCCAGGAGAAAACCCAAGCACUGCUCUGGCUGUUCCCCAAUCCGCUCACAACCACACCAACCUCCACAGUCCCUCAGCUUGUCGCUGGACCACAAGAGCCCAAAUCUGGACGAGAACCUAAAGGGCUCCCUGCUCUUGUCACUACCAUCCCUGCCCACCGUGGGGUCUGGGGCCAUGUGGACCAAACACAGAGACACUGUCCAGGCCACCACUCCUGUCACUCCAGUCACCCCCACUACAGGCCCCUGGCACUUUGGGGCAGAGGAGGGCGGUAAGGGAGAGAUGGAGCUGGGAGGAGUGGUAGGCGGACGGGGAGAUGAGUCGUCAAUGAGGUUUGGGAGCAGCUCGGCGUAUGUAGCGUUUGGGUGCAGCGAAGGUGUGCGAUUACGAGACAAAUCACAAAGGGAGAAGCCCUCUGCCCCACAGACGCAGAGAGACCACCGUGACUCCAUGUUGUCGUCCACAGUGACCAUGUCCAACAGCGCGAACACCAGCGGGCCUGCGUCAGAGAAGCAAUUCAAGCGUCGCAGCUGUCAGAUGGAGUUCGAGGAGGGCAUCUCAGAGACGCGGUCCCGAGAAGAACUGGGGAAGAUCGGGAAGCAGUCGAGCUUCUCUGGGAGCAUGGAGAUCAUUGAGGUAUCUUGACAGAUAAUGGGGAUGGUCAAAGCCGUCCCUUGGGGGCAACAGUGGACCUGGUUAGAGGGAUUGCAAGAAGAGGACAUAUGACGAGACGCAGAGGAGGUUUUUUUGUGCUCCUCACAGACAGUGUUAUAGACUCCAACGGAGAGAAGGACAGAUCGACACACAAGUGGAGCGUUAAUGUGAAAAGGUUAGCAAGCAAGCUAGCAUUCUCACCUGGACAGACAGAGCCUGUGACGUGGCGCUUAGCAGACCACAACCAUCCUGAACUCCCAUACAAAUCAGAAGAAAAGUCUGGGGGGGUUGUGACUGUAGGUACUGAAACUCUUAAUUUGUCUGAGCUCUGUCGCAGAUGAAAAGAAAUGACCGAGGGCAAGUGUCAGGUUGUAUCCUAACUAUAUAGAAUAUCGUUAUUUUGACAGAGUUCGGACAGAAACUGCUUGCCUGCGGUCAAAUGUAAUGUGUUUCAGUGGGUGUGUAGCUUGUGAUUUGAACCAAGUCCCAUGUUUCCUCCCAAAGCGUCACCCAAGUGUCAGAGAGCAUUGCACGGCUACAUGCUCACCCACUUCCUGGUGGCUCUGCCUGCUACAGACUCUGCAUAACAAAAUCAACAGUGGCAGACUUCUUAACAGCACCGCCUCUUCACAUCAGAAGGCAGAUAGACUUCAUCUUAAGGUGGUACUGUAUCCAAAUAAUGAAGGAUUCUCAGCAUGUUGUUGUUGCUGAAAAGACUUGAGUUGAAGACUCUUAGCGACAGGCUAAGACCCCCCCCCCCCCCCCCAAAAAAAAGCACAGUGUGUCUUUCCUGACUUUUGCUCCCUUGUAUCCAGUGUUAACAGCGUGAUUGGACUGAGGUUUCAGGAUGGUGGCAAGGGUUUGCUUUAAUGGCCCUCCAGCUCCUUUAUAGACCCCCAUACGCCUUCCCACUGCUCCCAGUCACCAACUAAGGUCACCACUGAGCAUGCACCAGAAAGGCUGACUACAGACAGACAAAUACUAUAUAUACAAUAUGAAUAUAUAGCAAUUUUAAUGGACUUCUUAUGACCUUUUUUGUUCAGUUAUAGUUUUAAUUUAUUGUAUUGGUUCAUUCUGGUAAUGAGAAAUAAUAUAAUGUUUUGUGGAUUUAUUUCUUUUUUCUUUGUUGAAUUAUUAUUAUUAUUAUAAUUAUUAUUAUUAUUAUUUGCUGUAUGGUAUUUAUGAACACACACUCAAACAAAUACACACAUUCAACAAAUUCAAGCAAGCAAUAUGUGCUGUUCCUUCUUUGGGGAGAGUGAUGUAUGACUUUGAAAUGCACUUUUCUGCUUUCUGAUAACCAAGUUCAGAUACCCCUUACACCCUGGCCACACAAUACUCCAAAAGCCAAGUCUUGAUAGUACAAAUACAGAGCCUCUAGUGUGAGUUUGGAUCUGCACUCUGUAUUCAUGGAUUGAUCACAAUUGAGGGCUCAAGCAGAUUGUUUUGUUUGAAGACAAAGUAGCCACACACAAUCACUUGGGCUUGCAUAACAACAACUGUAUGCAAACAGAUAUAUGCUCUUUCACAUGUUUGAGAUUUAAAGACUUGCACCACCGAGUGUCCUUUCCGAGCCAGCACCAAUUCAUCAUCAUCAUCAUCAUAGCGCGUCCCACCAAAGCUGAAACAAACACACGCCCAUCCCAUACUGUAUGCACUUAUACAUACUUUCACACAUGUAAAGCAUAGGCCCUACACACACCCUUUUGUUCAUUCUCAGGGGAUCUUUCAGUGAGCCAAGCCCGGCACAGGGUACACUGCUGCUGGUACAUCAGCACAAUGCAUGUCCGUAAAAAGCUCCAUCGCUUUCUCUCUGUUUCAAUCUAAUCUAUUUUGUCUUUUUUUUGCUCUUAUUUCUUAUUUCCCAAAGCUUUGAUAAAAAACAACAUAACAAAAUGGAAAGGAAGAAAAAGAGGAUCUUCAUAUAUUGAGGUGAAAGAAGCGAAAACUUUGCUCUCUUGGUGCGAUAUUUAUUUAAAUGUACAAAUGUGUUGUUUUUCCUUUGACCCUUGAUUAGCUUUUCUCUCUGGUGAUCUUUGACCUUGGGCUGCUGCAGCUACAGUAAGUUCAGAUAAAUUCCUAUGUUCCCCCGAGGCUCAAGCAACCUCUCCUCUCACCACCCAUCUCCCUAUAUUUUUAAGAAAUGUUGUUAGAAUUAUUUAUGAUAUGUAACAAAGAUGAUGCAGGCUGUCCCAUUUGCUAAAAUUGUCGUUAUUGAAUUAUUAUUAUUAUUAUUAUUAUGUUGUGUAAAUAGCAACGCAUCUAAGAACACUGAUGAAUUUAGAUGAGUUUUUAAAAGAAAAUCCUGAUACCUUAGGCUGCUUGAUGCAAAAAAUACCUCAGGUUCCAUUGAAAGGCUUUUCCUUCCCCUGUACAUGUUUUGUGAAAAUGAGACAAAAAUACAGAUAUGACAAAAUACAAA